AUGACGCUGGACAUGGUCCCAGUUCCCGAGCCCAGGGAGGGGCAGGUCCUUGUCAAGGUCCAGAUGGCGGCCGUGAACCCGGUGGACUGGAAGCUCUUCGGCGGUGGCAUGCACCGCAUCUUUCCGAUGAGCUUCCCGUAUGUACCGGGUUUCGACAUUGCAGGAACAGUGGUGAAGGUUGGCGAAGGCGUGACCCGCCUGGCAGUGGGCGAUGAGGUCUGCGGGGACAUCGGCCUCCGCGAGACUUGCUGCCACGGUACACAGGCUGGUCCUGCCGGUGCCUUUGCAGAGUAUGCCGUGGCGUUCGCAGACACUAUCGCAAAGCGUGAAGGCCUUAGCGCUGAAGAAGUGGUGGGUUUGCCGCUGGUGGGCCUUACUUCGUACCAGGUCCUAUUCACCGGCGCCGGGCGUGAUGCUGCUGGCACAGAGCUUGGUCAACUUGUCCCCGGCCAGAAGCUGUUGAUUCUGGGCGGAGGCGCAGCCACCGGCUCGAUUGCUGUCCAGCUGGCGAGGGCCGUGGGCGCUUACGUGGCCACCACGGCCAGCCCAAGCCUCAUGCCGGACGGAACGAGCAAGAUGGAUUAUCUGCAGAAGCUGGGAGCAGACCAGGUGAUCAACUACCGGAAGGAGGAUUGGGCAGAGGCCCUGGCUGGCAAGGACUACGACCUCAUCUACGACUGCGUUGGCCUCCCUGAGGAUUGGCCCAAGGCUUCCAAGGUGCUGAAGGAGGGCGGCCUUUUCGUGAGUCUCGCGAACUUCGCAGGGAAGUCCACGGAGCGCCACCUCUUCAAGACGAUCGCCAAGAAGAACAACGCGGAAGACUUGGCCAAGCUGGUCCAGCUUGUAAAGGACGGGAAGCUGAAGGUGCCCAUGGACGCCGUUUUUCCCUUCUCGGACGUGCCGGGCGCGCUGAAGAAGAGCCUGGGUGGGGCAUCUGCUGGCAAGUUGGUCAUCCGCGUCUCCGAGGAAGGCUCCUCCGAGAAGGGAAGGCUCUGA